AUGUCUGGCCCGUUUACAAGUCCCUUUGGCGCCAACGCCAAUCCUUUCGGCAGCGAUCGGUCCCAAAACGAUACCAUGCACCGAGUCAUUGAAGAAGAGGAGCAAGACACCGUUGGUUCUCCCUCGAAUGGCAAUUCUGCCCCAGGAGUCGCCGGUUUCUCUAAUGUAUUCGGCGGCGAUGCCUCUGGAGAUACGCCCCCCACCGUCCGAUCACCACCCAACCCAGACAGCUAUCCGGCUCAGUACAACUUUAACAGAAGAACGUCGGUGUCAGCUGAAUCGCUCAAGCCCAGCGCCGACACGUAUGAUAACUGGACCCCGCCGUUCCAUGAAAAGACGGCCGAUCAGAUCAGCCGUUUGAAACAUGCAAUCGAGGGAAACUUUCUCUUCAGCCAUCUCGACGAUGAGCAGAGCCACCAAAUUCUUGGGGCUCUCAUGGAAAAGCCGAUUCCCGUCAAGGAUAUCAAGGUCAUUAGCCAAGGCGAUGCCGGAGAUUAUUUCUACGUAGUCGAAAAGGGCUCCUUCGACGUCUAUGUCAACCCGGCAGGCACCAUUGGUCCUGGCCCCGAAGGCAUGGGCAGCAAGGUUGGCAAUAUCGAGGCCGGAGGCUCGUUUGGUGAGCUCGCUCUGAUGUAUAAUGCCCCUCGUGCCGCGACCAUUGUUUCCGCCGAAGCCAAUUGCACCCUUUGGGCUCUCGAUCGCGUCACCUUUCGCAGAAUCCUAAUGGAAUCUACCUUCGCCCGCCGACGUAUGUACGAGAGCUUCCUCGAGGAAGUUCCCUUGCUAUCCUCACUCACGCCUUACGAGCGAUCUAAAAUUGCGGACGCUCUUGAGACUCAAAAGUUUGCUCCUGGUGCUAUCAUUAUCAAGGAGGGCGACCCUGGGUACUCUUUCUACCUGCUGGAAGACGGCAGCGCCGACGCAUACAAGGGCGACAUCAGCAACAAGGUGUUAGAAUACAAAAAGGGCGAUUUCUUUGGCGAGCUGGCUCUGCUAAAUGACGCCCCAAGAGCCGCUAGUGUUGUCGCCACCACGGACGUCAAAGUAGCGACUCUUGGCAAGAAUGCUUUCCAGCGUCUACUUGGUCCUGUGGAAGGCAUCUUACGCCGUACAAAGUACCAGGGAGUUAAGGCUGGUGUAGAGGAGAUGGACCCUUUGCACCGCGAUUAA